AGGAGCUUUUUAAAAAUUAAAUUUUUAAGAUAUUAUUUAUUUUUUCUUUUCAGACCAACAUAUGCUACUCCAAAAGUUCUAGAAAAGGCAGGAUUAACCAUGAAUGAUAUUGAUGCUUUUGAAUUUCACGAAGCUUUCUCAGGUCAGAUUUUGGCAAAUUUUAAAGCCAUGGAUUCUGAUUGGUUUGCACAAAACUACAUGGGUAGAAAAACCAAGAUUGGAUUGCCUCCUUUGGAGAAGUUUAAUAACUGGGGUGGAUCUCUGUCCCUGGGACACCCAUUUGGAGCCACUGGCUGCAGGUUGGUCAUGGCAGCUGCCAACAGAUUACGGAAGGAAGGAGGCCAGUAUGGCUUAGUGGCUGCCUGUGCAGCUGGAGGACAGGGCCAUGCUAUGAUAGUGGAGGCUUAUCCGAAAUAAUAGAUCCAGAAGUAACCUGAAGUUUCUGUGCAACACUCACACUAGGCAAUGCCAUUUCAAUGCAUUACUAAGUGACAUUUAUAGUUCCUAGCGCCUCUUAGGAAAACAAUUCUUGUGGCCUUCUUCUUACACUUAAGCCUUGCCAGUGUUCUGAGCUUUUCAGUAAUCACAGUUUACUGCUCUUUCAGGGAUUUCUAAGCUGCCAGAAGCUCACACAGAGAUGUGUGGGUGAUUGUUUUUGGUCUCUUGUCAGUAAAGACUAAAUGAGUCUUUGCAAUUGGGAAAGAGGUCAGCUGAGAUUUGGAAAUUAUCUUUGUAAUAUUUGCAAAUUUUGCUUGUUCCUGUCUGUGUCCUAAAGAUAAGUGUUCUCUAUAAAAUACAAACCAAUGUGCCUAAAUUAAUUGUAGAAAAAUAAUUCAGAAUCUAAACAUCACUGAAAACUUACAAAAAAUGUUUAGAUACGUAAACAUCAUGGUGGUCAACCUUAAUAAAGUGGAGAAAUAUUGGA